CAGCAGAAGAGAGACAGUUCACACAGCAAGAGAGUAAGAGUGACACGCACGCAGCCGGAGAGGAGAGAAGUAAGAGGAAAAAAGUACAGGAGAAGAAGACGACGUAUAUUCCACCGAGAUGGCCUUGCGGGAUGAACUUUUAAAGUCCAUUUGGCACGCCUUCACAGCGCUGGAUGUGGACAAAAGCGGGAAAGUCUCUAAAUCUCAGCUGAAGGUGCUGUCCCACAACUUAUGUACAGUCAUGAACAUUCCCCAUGACCCGGUGGCUCUGGAGGAGCACUUCAAAGAUGAUGACGAGGGUCCUGUCUCCAACCAGGGAUACAUGCCAUACCUGAACAAGUUCAUUCUGGAUAAGGUGAAGGAUAACUUUAACCGUCAGGACUUCAACAAAAUGUGCUGGACGUUGUCGUACAGGAAGAACCUGGAGCAGAAUGAGCUGAAGAUCUGUAACGAUGACGCCUUCAAGAUCUGGUGCAUUUUCAACUUCCUGUCUGAAGACAGAUACCCCCUGAUCAUCGUCACUGAGGAGAUUGAGUACUUCUUGCGUAAGUUGACAGAGGCGAUGGGGGGAAGCUGGGUGGAGGAGCGCUUCGAGGACUAUAAGCUGCAGCUGAACUCAAAGCAGCAGUGUCUGAAUGCAUGGGAGCUCAUCAGCCUAGUUGGGUCGGGUCACUUCAGUAAGGGCAUGGACCAUCAGACGCUCUCAAUGGGAAUCGGUGAAGUCUACCAGGAACUCAUUCUUGACGUGCUCAAACAGGGCUAUAUGAUGAAGAAAGGGCACAAGAGAAAGAACUGGACGGAGCGCUGGUUUGUGCUGAAGCCAAACACAAUCUCAUACUAUGUUGGUGAAGACUUGGCUGAAAAGAAAGGAGACGUCCUGUUGGAUGGAAACUGCAGUGUGGAGCAUUUACAAGAUAAAGAGGGAAAGAAGUGCCUCUUUCUCAUCAAGUCAUCACAAAAAAGCUUUGAAAUCAGUGCAUCAGACAAGAAGAAGAAGCAGGAGUGGAUCCAAGCUGUUCAGAACUGCGUGACUCUGCUGCGUCAGGGCAGACCAGCGCCGCACCGCGAGGCUCGACAGAAGCGCAGAGAGCUGCGGCUGAAACAGCAGGCUGAACAGGAAGAACUGGAGCUGAGGAUGAGGGAGCUACAGACAGCCAAUGAGGCCAAGCAGCAUGAACUGGAAAAUAUGAGGAAGGCUCUGGAGGAGGCAGCAGCUAACGCAGCAGAAGAAGAAAAAAGACGCCUUCAGACCCAGACUGAACUCCAGGACCGUUACAGGAGGGACCUGGAGAGAGAGAAACUGUCCAAAGACAUGCAGAUAGCAAGAUUACUGGAGGAGGAGGCCAAGAAGAGAGCAGAGUUGGAGCAGAUCCAUUUGCAGCAGAAGCAGGCCAUCUCCGUCACGGUGGCUGAGAAAGAGGAGCUGGAGAAGGAGCGUCUGGCCAAGGAGAGCGCCCUGCAAGCUGCAAUGAAGCAGCUGGAGCAGCUGGAGCUGGAGAGGCAGGGGGCGCUGGAGCAGUAUGAGACGGUAAAGAAGAAGCUGGAAACUGCGACCAACAACACCAAGACCUGGAAGCACAAAGUGGCUGAACAUGAGGGGUUGUUACGGCUCAUUCAACCAGGUGCCAAGGGGCAGCAGAAUAUCACAAACUGGGGCCCUGCAGCUUUUUCUGAAGCAGAGCUCAGUCUGAGGGAGAAACAAUGGCAGGAGACGAAGAACCAAGCAAUUUAAGCUCAGUAAAGCUGUUGUAAACCAUUAUCAUAACCUUAAACAUGUUUAACUAACAAGGGAAAGAUGAGACAGGCCUGCUGGGAUGUACUGGAACGUCUCUGAUGAAGCAUAUCUUUGCCGGGAUAAAAAGGCAUUUUAUAAUAAGGUGGCAUUAACUAAUCAAUAAAUCUUACGUUGCCCUGUAGGAAGCACAGAUUGAACUGAUAAACAUGGCUCUAUGUUAGUGUUGGCCACCAUUGAUUAUCUCUAAAACCACCAACAAGAAAAAGUCACCUCAUAAUUUAGGGAACAAGAUUUAAAAUGAUAAUUAUUGCAAAAUAACUUUUCCCCAGUAGAAAUAUGAGACAUAAUCAGCACAAACCAUGAGUGACCAUGGGAGUAGUGCCAAACCAAACCAGUAACUAUGACAACAAACACGGUCCACGGCUCAAAAGACGAAGACGUUGUUGAACAGAGGGAUCCAAAGAAUUCGGUAUUGUGGAGAUUUGUAGCUGUCCAACACAGGAGUGGAAUAUCAUACACUGCAGAUACUGCACAUAUGUGCCUUUUUGUGAAAGUUUCAACAAAGCCACGUAACACCACAAAAUUGUUUUUGCCGUCCUUGCAAAGUGCAAAACUGACAGUUUCUCUGCAAGAUUUUACAGUGUACAUUUUAUUGUAAAAGAAAUGAUGGCAGUAAGGACAGUGGCUGAUUAAAGUAACUGACCCUCCUUAGCAGCUCCCUUGCCGUAAGCGUUUCUCUCAGAUAAGUGCAGGCACGUGUCGGACAUGCGAUCUACACGAGUGCAGUUUUACCAAAAUGUCAGCAAAACCCACAUCAAACCACAGACGUCCACAGAUUAUGUGUAAUGAUGAGAAAUGUCACAGGGAAAAAGUAUUGAACACAUGAAGAAAGCGAGGCGCAAAAAGGAAUGGAAAGUCAUGACACCAGCUGAAAUCUAUCAGUAAUUAGAAAAUAAUCCUGACGCUUAGUGCAAAUUAAUGUCAGCUGGUUCAGUCCAAACCGACAGCUUAUAAAAAGGUGACUCAUUACCAGUGUGUCACAGAAGAGACUUCUCAUGAUGGGUAAGACUAAUGAGCUCUCUCAAGACCUUCACAACCUUAUUGUUGGAAAGCAUGCUGAUGGCACCAGUUACAGAAUUUCUAAAAUACUGAAGAUUCCAUUGAGCACUGUUGGGGCCAUAAUCCGGAGGUGAAAAGAACAUUUUUCACCAUAAGCCGACCACAACCAGGUGCUCCCCGCAAGAUUUCAGACAGAGGAGUGGAAAGAAUUGUCAGAAGAGUUGUCCCAGAGCCAAGGAGCACUUGUGGAGAGCUACAGAAAGACCUGGAAUCAGCAGAAGGCACUGCACAUCACCCCCAAAACACCAUACCAACAGUGAAGGCUGGAGGUGGGAUCAUCAUGUGUGGGGCUGUUUUUCAGCAUACAGCACCGGCACACUUCAUAAUAUUGAAAGAAGGAUGAAUUGAAAAAUGUACUGAGACAUUCCUGAUAUAAAUUUGCUGCCAUCUACCAGGAUGAUGACGAUGAAACGCUUCAGCAAGAUGAUGUUCCCAAACACACAGCCAAGGAAACUCUCGAUUGGUUUCAGCAAAAGAAAAUACAGCUGUAAGAAUGGCUGAGCCAAUCAUCUGACCUGAAUCCAGCUGGAAAUGUAUGGAAGGAACCAAAUUUCAGAGUUUAUAGAAGAGAAGUGUGGAAUCAGGAUUUGAUGUUUGUGUGGAAGACUGGGCCAAAAUCACACCUGAGCAAUUUUGAAGCUGUUGUCACAACACAGUCUUUUGUACCAAGUAUUAAAUGACUCAAUAUUAAAUGUAUAAAUUAUUAAAUUAUAUAAAUUAAUUAUAUAAAUUAAUUAAAAAAACAUGUUCAAUACUUUUCCACUGUGUCGUUUUUCAUUCUGUCACAUACAUUUUGGACGUGUGGCUUGGAUGGGUUGUUACAGACAUGUGGAGAUUUUGUGUCAAUGGGACCUUUAGAGAUAAUUGGAGAUGUGUUCCAUACUUUACCUGCUGUAUACAGAAUGUUUGUUGGGUUUUUGCCUGUAAAUCUUUCUUGCAGUUAUUUGCAAACCAUUUAAAACUGUAAGAAUUGGCAGGAUCCUUGUGAUUUCAUUUUUUAUCAAUAUCUACAUUAUUGUUUCUCGAACUGACCAUAACCAUAAUUUAGUUUUCCAUUUUGUGUUCAUGUGUAACACAUCCGGCAUCUGUACGAUGAUUGUGGAAGGUGACUCUGAGCUAUAUGAUCUCCUGUAGGACCAAUGGGAACCUUACCAGUUACCUUUAUACAAAGUUAAUAAAGAGUGGAGUACUUAGAAGUUAACAGUGGUCAGUGCCUGCUGUCUGUAAAGGCAGACCAUAGUCAAAAUAGACCUGAGCUAACAAUAUACAUGAUUUGAAAUUGGUUUUAAGACAUUCAGCUUUAUUAAAAACACAAAAAAGAAAACUGUUCUGUUUUAACAGGUUUCAUGGAUGGAGAACUGUAAAGUAAUAUGGUAAUUUCAGGCAGCUAAUCUCUGUGUUUGCUUUUGGUUUGACUCUAGGAAAAACAAACUCUUCAUGUAAAACUUGUUUUUGGCCAAAUAUGGUUCCCCGGUAUAAUUUUGUUUUCUUUCCUGAAUCUCUGCAAUGGAGGUGGAGAGUAUAAAUUUAGCAUGACCCACAAAAACCCAAUAACCUCAUUAACAGGAAAUGCACAAGGAUGAAACACAAUGAAACUAUCCUUUAAGCCACGAGUAUAAACAAUGUGCACACCAGUGCUUUGCACCGUUUUUCUUCUUCCAGUUUGUAUCGACUGUGUCCAUGAUAUGCACUACUUUUGAUCAGAGUCUGACCCGUCUAACAAGAAUUAGCCAAAGUGUAUUUUAGGUUCUUUGUUUUAAUCCUUUUAAAGAAGCAGAAACUACUAAAACUGCUAAAAACUACUCUACAAACUUGUCUCCUUAAGAUCAUUUUUACAUUAAAAUGUAAGUGUUUGUACAUAUUUAGUCGGCUUUAUGUUUUAACAAUGUUACCUUCAAAAGAAUGUAAACUCAUGUACAAUUCACUAAAUGUUUUAUCAUCAAAGAGCUGUUUUCAAUACUUUGUUUCUUCAAGCUUGAUUUCUAAGUGACUCUGGAACAUUUCUUGUUUCUGAAUAUUGUUAGUAGGAUUAUUUUACUGAAGUCUAACUCCCAGCACAGAUGCUAACUGCAGAAAGUUUGUUAUUUUAGAACAACCAGUGACUUUGAUACUGUAAAAAUUGAAAAUUGUGAUUUAAAAAAAAAAAAAAAAAAAAAUCUAUAUAUAUAUAUGUAAAAAGCUCGAAACUGAACCAUAUAAUAAAUCACAUCUUGAA